AUGACCACUGUAGACAUAUCGAACACAGAUAUUUAUCUUGUCUGUAACGACGAUAUUCAACUAAUAAGCUUAAUAGUCUCAAGUCUACGGGAUAAAGGUUCUCGUAGAAUACAUCUUUUGAUUUCUGCUCAACAAACGCAAUAUAUCGAGGAAUCUGUAGGCGUAAAUAUAAUAAGAGGUAUCUGGAAAGAUAUUGAAGAUUACGAGAUGACUAUAGCAAACGCCGUAAUAGUAAUAAGUAUGCUAUAUCAUGAAUUCGAGAAACAAGAAAAAUUAUUUUCUGCUUGCGUUCGAAAAGGGGUGGCCUUGUUCGUUGCAUGGGAUUCGGGAAUGGAGAGGGAAAAUCUGGUGCGCAAUCAGGCGUGCCCAAGGACACAACUCCAUCAAAUAUUGUUGGAUUAUAAAUCUCACUGUACGACCUUUCAAGCACCUCACCACGUACAUUCGUCCACAUCUCAUCAAAUUCCUUACACUUCAACUCCAUCCUCCACAUCACGACAAAUUUCUCGCUUUCCGUCUUCUGUAGAGAGGACGCAGUGGAUUUUAUUUCAAGUUGGAAUAUUUUCCGACGAAAUUUUAAAGAAUGACAUUUCUGCUGUUACCACAGCAUUUCAUAGUCCGAAACAGUUCAUAUUUAUAAACGUAUCGGUAAAAUCGGAUUUUUCAAAGAUGAUCGCUGAGGUCAUUGUUAACAGGAGAAUUAAUCUAAAUAGAAAUUAUGUUGUGGGCGAAUUUGUUUCCCAUACAUUCCUAGGGCAUGUUUAUAAAGUCUUUAAUCAUGGAGUUGCCUAUGACGGAUCAUUGCCUUGCGAGAUAUCGGAAUUUGAAAUGAGCAAUCUGCUUCGUCUCUCUGGGAUCAUCACAUCUAAACCAAUACCGCGUAUACUAUAUCCGGAUUGGGACAUUUAUGUUUGUAAAUUAAGCAUGGAAAUUUCUCUCCAACACGAAGCAAUUAUUUAUAAAUUAUUAAAAGACCAUCAAAAAAUUACGUUAAGACAUUGGAUCUCCCAAAUUACCAACGAGAGGUCUGAAGAAGGACAACAUUCAGUAAGAGAUAUGGAUAUUUAA